CAAUUGCACACCGAUGACCGCUGUCGAAAUUCCAGAAGGACUCGGCGAAAAUCAUGCAUAGUGAGGCCGAUGGUGGUGGUGUUGCUCUCCAUCUACAAGCCUCGCAGGACUUGAAACCAGCAAUCUAUAAGGCUUUCAACGGCCCAAGGCGAUGAAUCAAAGUACGGGCUGCAAACCAGGGCCUCUCAUAGGAUUGUCUGCAACCCCUUGCCCUCUUCUCACCAGCCGUGCGUUGACAGGUUCACGGGCCAAUACCGGAGCCUUGGAUUUGGAGGGAAGGACCCGUCGAUCAAAGUCUCAAGCAUGCCUUUGCAUCGGUCGAAUGGCAGCUCGUCUCCCUUGAGACUUGCAUUGGCCGGUGUACGGGGACUGACGGAAGCCGUUGCAUCCAAGACAUAUUCCACAUUGGAUUAUCUAGGUACCUCCCUUUCGCCCACUCUACUCUGCGGGACUGAGAGAUGCUCAUCUAAGCUCCCUCGCCCAUGGAUCAUGGACUACUGGGAUCCGCUGCCCCUGGCAUCACAUCGCAUCUCAUUUUCAGCCAUCACCAGGUACCCUGCGAUCCAAGAAGCCCGCCCGAGUCUCUCUCACCAGGUGCCCGGGUCUGAUCUCGACAUGGCCUCCAAUGACGGCAUGAUGCUAAGCGCGUUUGAUCUGACCAUCCUCCCGAUAACUGGGAAGAGCAUGGAACCUUCGCAUGCAGAAGCUCCCGGGCAUGGUCAGCACCAGCACCAAUUCGGAACGUACUGUGGCCAAUAGGCACUACCAAGACAGCCACCACAGUAUGGUGGAACCUCUGGUGGAUGGCCUGCAUACACCAUUGCACAGCCUUAUCCCGGUAUAAUAGCACAACGAACAGUUGUAUACGAUCGCCGAGCUAGGGCGUCGAGUUACUUGGUCGAUAAUAACG